ACUGGCCCUAUAAAAGGUCCUAAAUACAUCGCGGCAUUGAGAGUCUGAAGUUAGGACUGACAAGAGGAGCACCAUGCAGUCCCUGCUGCCCGAACCUUUCUUUAAUCAUGGAGCCAGCCAGAGCCUCAUCCAGCAGAGGCCCGGGAUCCGCAUGCUCUGGCCUCUCAACACACCAUCUUUUGCGGACAUCGAACAGCACUUCAUGACACGCCGGAGUGCGAUGAUGGCCCGACUCGCCGACUUUGUGAACGACUUUCACCAGGAGUUCUCAGCCAGCUUGUCAGGGGAGGCCCACCGCCAUUCACCUGUCCUGAGUCAGAGGACCCUUCCUUCUCCUCCUGCUCCUCCACGGGUCAGCACCCUUCAGGCGCUGGAACUGAAAGACACGGACAAGUUCGAGCUGGUCCUGGACGUGCGAGACUUCUCCUUGGAGGAUCUGACAGUGAAACUGGUGGGAGGAAAGCUGGUCGUGGCGGGACUGAUGGAGAGAAAGGCGCCCUCAGGCGAUGAAGAGCGCAAGGAGUUCACGAGGGAGCUCGACCUGCCCCGCGGGAUCAACCUGGGGGCCAUCACGUGCUCUCUCACGGAGGAGGGGCUGCUCAAGGUGGAGGCCCCGCCUCUGCAGCCCGACCGCGCCGAGCGGACGGUCCCGAUCAGGUUCCGCACCUCUCUGACUGUGCCCAUCGCCAAAGCCGCCGGAGAGGGCGAAGAGGGACGAGCGUCGUCUUGAAACUGAAGCUUCAUGUCACCGUUAAAACGACAAGUGCUGUGUUCAUAUAAACUGUUUUUUAUCAUCACUUUUAUUAAAAAAAAACAUUGGCGAAA